GUUUAUGAUUUACAUUUUUCCGUAACGCUUAAUUUUUUAUUUUAUAACUUUUUUUUAAUCACACCGAACCAUAUUUUACAUUAUUUAAUCAAAUUUUAUUAGCCCUAGCAGCAAUAAGUUAUUCAAAAUGAGUUCUAUUGGAACAGGCUACGAUCUAUCAGCAUCUCAGUUUUCUCCCGAUGGUCGAGUAUUUCAAGUGGAAUAUGCUUUUAAAGCAGUUGAAAACAGUGGGACUGCUAUAGCUCUACGUGGUUCUGAUGGAGUUGUUUUUGCGGUAGAAAAAUUAGUUACUUCUAAACUUCAUGAAGACGGCACAGGAAAGAGACUGUUCAGUAUUGAAAAUCAUAUCGGAAUGGCUGUUGGAGGAUUAAUGGCUGAUGCCAGUGCCAUAUUAGAUAUUGCACGUGGAGAGGCAAGAUCAUUUCGUCAAUCGUACAAUGUGCCCAUUUCAUUGAAAUAUUUAAACGAAAGAUUAUCCAUGUAUAUACAUGCUCAUACAUUAUACAGUGCUAUUAGACCAUUUGGAUGUGCAAUUAUUAUUGGUUCUUAUGAUUCCACUGAUGGUCCUCAAAUGUAUAUGAUUGAUCCAGCUGGUGUAUCGUUUGGUUACUUUGGAUGUGCUAUUGGUAAAGCUAAACAGACUGCCAAAACUGAAAUAGAAAAAUUGAGUUUAAAAACAAUGACUUGCAAAGAAUUGAUUAAAGAAGCUGCUAAGAUUAUUUAUAUGGUUCAUGAUGAAUUAAAAGAUAAACAAUUUGAAUUAGAACUCAGUUGGGUUGGUAAACAUACUGAUGGAAAAUAUGAAGAAGUUUCAAAAGAAGUAUAUGAAGAUGCUUUAAAAUAUGCUAAGGCAUCUCUGGAUGAUGAUUCUGGUUCAGAUGGAGAGUAACCUUACUAUUAUUAGUCUAAGAAAAACUGAUAAUUUGUCAAAUUACUGGUAUAUAAGUUUAAAAAAUACAAUAAAUAUUUUUUUCUUUAUUUAAAAAAUAA